AUGAGCGAAUUACCGACUACCCAACAGGCACUGAAGAUAACCGGUCCCGGCAGCAUCGAGCUGCACACCAGCCAGCCCCUACCCCAGCUGGGCGCCGACGAGGUGCUGGUGCGGGUCGCCUGUGUCGGACUGAACCCCUACGACGCCAAAUCCGCCGACAUGUCGCCCAGCCCCGGUGCCACCGCCGGGCUGGACUUCGCGGGCGAGAUCGUGGCCCUCGGUGAGGGAGUCACCUCCUCCGCUUUCUUCUCGUCGCGCCUAGCCCUGGGCACGCGCGUGUGCGGCUGCGUGUUCGGCAACAACGCGGGCCAGCGCGACAACGGCGCCUUCGCCGAGUACGUGGCGGUGCCCGCGGCGCUGGUGCUCUGCAUCCCGGACUCGAUGAGCUUCCAGCAGGCGGCGACGCUGGGCUGCGGGCUGGCGACCACCGGAUUGGCGCUGUACCAGACCCUCGGCCUGCCGCUCGUGGGCGCGAGCGAGUCAGAGUCGGAGAGUAUUGCUUCAAGAAAGACUCCGACGUAUGUCCUAGUGUAUGGCGGAGGUACCGCGACAGGAACGCUGGCCAUCCAAGUGCUGCGCCGAUUCGGCUUCACCCCACUAACCACCAGCUCCCCGCACAACUUCACGCGGCUGCAGCAACUCGGCGCGGCCGCGACCUUCGACUACCGGUCGCCGACCUGCGGCUCGGACCUGCGCGACCACACGGCCAACACGCUGGCCUUCGCGCUGGACUGCAUCAGCACGACGAAGUCGAUGCAGAUCUGCUACGAGGCGAUCGGCCGGGCGGGCGGCAAGUACGUCUCGCUGGACCCGUUCCCGCUGAACCGGCACACGCGCCGCAGCGUGCGCCCGGAGUGGGUGUUCCUGUUCACGCAGUUCGGGCGCGAGAUCGUCGGCUGGGAGGCGCCGUACAAUCUUCUUGCAAGGCCGGCGGACCGCGCCGCAGCGGAGCGGUGGUACGCGGAGAUGGAGGCGGUUCUGGCGAAGGGAGGGCUGGUCACGCACCCCGUGCAGGAGGAGUCCGGCGGGUUGCGCGGAGUGAUUGGCGGCAUUGAUGCGGUGCGGAGGGGUCAGGCCUCGGGGUUUAAGUUGGUGUAUCCUAUUUGGGGGUGUGCUUAG